UAUGAAAUACCCCCAGAAGCGCGUCCCUGUAUAAAAACACCUCGCAGGAAUCCAGCUGCAUCACUACAGAUACAUUUCAGAUACUGUGAUCAAGCUCAAGCACAGAAGCAGCAUGCUCAGGCUUUGCAUAGCUCUCUGUGUCCUGGCGACAUGCUGGGCACAGGACUGUCUGGUGAGCAACAUCACCGUCAAACAGGACUUUGACAGGAUGAGGUAUCAAGGAACAUGGUAUGCCGUGGCCAAGAAAGACCCCGUUGGGCUUUUCCUUCUUGAUAAUAUUGUCGCCAAUUUCAAAGUGGAGGAGGAUGGAACCAUGACAGCCACCGCCCUUGGAAGAGUCAUAAUUCUCAACAAUUGGGAGAUGUGCGCCAACAUGUUUGGCACUUUUGAAGAUACAGAAGACCCUGCUAAGUUUAAGAUGAAAUACUGGGGAGCCGCAGCAUAUCUCCAGACUGGAUAUGAUGACCACUGGAUCAUUGACACCGACUAUGAUAACUAUGCCAUCCACUACUCCUGCAGAGAGCUUGAUGUGGAUGGAACCUGCUUGGACGGUUAUUCCUUCAUCUUCUCCCGAUAUCCUGAUGGCCUGAGGCCUGAAGACCAGAGGAAUGUGACGGAGAAGAAACAGGACAUCUGCUUCCUAGGCAAAUACAGACGCGUUGCACACACUGGUUUCUGUGACACUGCCUAAACGACCACUACACAAAGAGCGUCGGAGGAUGUAAUCUGACAUGUUUUAUAUUUUGAACAAAUAUGUAAAUACAGUAAGCAUGAUACUUAAUAAAAGAGAAUGCACAAUUUUGCACAAAGCAAAAGGAAAAAUGUUUAAUAACAGUAAGUUGCAGGAUGUAACUGUCUUUUUUUUCCAAAUAAACUUGGGGGGGGGGAAAGUAUAAUUACUGAAUUCAGUGAUUGAUGCUAGUAAACUCACUGUCACGAAGGUUUUAUCAAAGGUUUGUUUGAACUCGUAUGAACUAACAAUACAAACAGAGCUGGUAAAUUAAUGCUUUUUGUUGACAGCUCUACUAACAAACACGUUGUGCAACUUGGACCAUGAUACAGAGUAACUGCUGUCAGCACACAGAUUAUAUAUCAGUC